AUGUCUGCUGCAGUCUCAGUGCCAGAACACAAACUCUUCGAAUCGCCCAAUUCACGGUCUAUUCACGUCAACAACUGGGUCAUCACCGCGUCCACGAACCCGAUAUCCAACGCCUUUGAAUGCGACACCAUCCAGGGAUCUCUGGGUAUCCCUCUACCUGAAAUGACCUUUGGGAACAAUAUCCUAACACUUGAACACCGUCCUUCUGGGUGGAAAUAUUCAUUUACUGCCGCGGACGCUUUGAGAUUGGUGAAAAAGGGUGAGCUUGAGGAUGGCGAUGGCGGCGUCAAGGUCAACUACGCCGAUGCUUGGCUGAAAAGUCGAACCGACCCAUCAUCGAAUCUCACGAUGCCGAAGACCGUUGCGACCAAGCCUUACGACUGGACAUAUACUACAAUAUACACAGGGCAUGCAGAAUCCGAGGAAUCCGGUACUCUACCUUCGUGGACUCCAUCAGACGAAACUGACCCAGCAUAUAACAUACCCAUCGCUGAGCUAACUCGACCCGACCCGAUCUUAUUCUACGCUGAGAUACCUUUGUUCGAGGACGAGCUGCACGACAAUGGGUCGUCAGCACUUCUUGUGAGAAUACGUGUCAUGCCGACGUGUAUCUUUAUUCUGUGUCGAUUCACCCUUCGAGUCGACAACGUACUCUUUCGUACGUCGGACACAAGAAUUUACCAUUCAUUCUCAUCGGAACCUCCCAUGAUAAUUAGAGAGACGAGUGGCUGGGAGGCACCCUACGAUGUGAUCAAAGAGCGUCUUCCCAAGCGAGAUGAUAUGACGCCCCUCACAGACCCGAACUUCAUCUCCAAGGCUCUAGCAGACACGCGUCGCAUGUCACAGACCGUGGGUGCUAAGACUGGGUGGCGGGGCAUUGGGACGAAACUCGAACAUGCAAUUUUGGUGUAA